UGACGUGGGGUACGCGCAUGCGUGGACCGAUCGGGUGAUAAAGCAAGAUGGCGUCUGACGGAGAAGGCUUAAACGCGGGCAUUAUAUUUCUAUAUUCUUACAUAUAUGUUGUUUAAUAGAGUACACACGGUUAAUAAUUGUUUGUAUCAGGAUACAUUAGUCCGAGCGCACUUUGACACUUCUCCUGUUUGCUAGCUUCAUUCAAGGUAGCUUGCAGCUAGUUUCGCUGGCUAGUUAGCUUAGCUUGUUAGCUGCUAACAGAAGACACAGAAGUUAUCAACACAUCGCUAAGUAGGGAACUAAUGUGAGUGUAAAGUGUUGUGAUUGUGUGAAAAUGUGCGAAAGAACGAUGGCAAAGUACGAGGAGGAACUUUGUCCAACAAAAGAAGCGAACGACCGACAACAACUGCUGGAUGUUUAUUAUAAGAAACAUCAUCAAGUUGUGUUACACAGAACAGUAUUCUGGACAUCUGUGUUGGUGAAUCUUUUGCAAUUUGUUUAAUGAACAAUGGAGACUGCAAAGAAGAAAGUUGUAGGUAAGAUCGGUGUAUUAGCGGCUGGCUGUAGCAACACAACAAGGAGGACUUACUUGGAUAGCAGACGCGCUAGCCAACGCCAGCCGCCAACCGCAUCUGUGAUCGGGUGAAGUCCUUCGUCGCGCCGCCGAUCGCUGGAACGCAGAUGUCUGUGAAGAACAACUUCUGCCUGAAAGACAGGAGUGUAGCUUCAGGAUGGUGAAGGAGGAUCCAUCAAAGAGGAAGACCAGGCGCCACAGACCCUCUGGCGUCUCAUUUUCCCCUUUGACACAGACCCUUCUCUGUAAAAAGGAAGAGGAAGACUCACUGACGCCCCACAUUAAAGAGGAAGAGAAGGAACACAGCAUCAGUCCGGAGGGAGAGCAUCUAGAAGGACUGGUGGAGUUCCCAGUGACUGGUGUCCCUGUGAAGAGUGAAGAUGAUGAGGUCAAAGGUCAAAGUGAGGAGAAGAGAGAGGCGGAGCCUCCAAGCAGCAGCUCAACACAACACAUGACAACAGAAGCUGAUGGAGACCACUGUGGAGGAUCACAAGCAGACAAGCUCUUAGCUCCACUAUCAGAUAGUGAGGAUACAACAUCACACUCUCCUGACACUGAUGAUGAAGACUCUAAAGAUGAUAAGACAUGUCACACUGACAACACUCACUUGAAAUGUGCUCACUGUGACCAAACAUUUAAAAACCAUAGUCAUCUGAAAAGACACAUGAGAAGACACACUGGAGAUAAACCUUUUUCUUGUUCAAUCUGUGGCUUGUCUUUUACAAGGAAGGACAAUAUGAAUGAUCACACAAGAGCACAUAAAGGAGAAAAACCAUUUUCGUGUUCUGUGUGUGAUUCAAGGUAUGCACGAAGUCGAGAUUUGAAAAAACACCUGAAAAGACACACUGGGGAAAACCUUUUUAAGUGUUCUGUGUGUAAUUCAAGUUUUGUCCAAGGUGAACAUUUGAAAAGACACAUGAGAACACACACAGGAGAAAAACCUUUUACCUGUUCACUCUGUAGUAAAGGUUUUGCACAAAGUCACAAUUUGAAAGUACACAUGAGAACACACACUGGUGAAAAACCUUUUUCCUGUUCAACCUGUGGUAAAGGUUUUACACACAGUCAGAGUUUGAAAGAACACAUGACAAUACACAGUGGAGAAAAACCUUUUUCCUGCUCAAUUUGUGGUGAAGAUUUUGUACGGCGACAGUCUGUAAAAGUACACAUGAGAACGCACACUGGUGAAAAACCUUUUUCUUGUUCAAUCUGUGGUAAAAGUUUUACAGAAAGUCGUUGUUUGGAAAGACAUACAAGAGCGCACACUGGUGAAAAGGCUUUUUCCUGUUCAAUCUGUGGUAAAGGUUUUACAGAAAGUCAAUAUUUGAAAGUACACAAGAAAACACACACUGGUGAAAAACCUUUUUCCUGUUCAAUCUGUGGCAAAGGUUUUACAGAAAGUCAGAAUGUGAAAAGACACAUGAGAACACACACUGGUGAAAAAUCACAUUCCUGUUCAAUCUGCAACAAAAGCUUUUGUGAACGAUCAUACCUUGUAGCACACAUGAGAACACACACUGGAGAGAAAGUGUUGAGUUGCAGUGUGUGUGGUGAAAGAUUCUCUUCUAAGUACCAGUGUAAGAAACACAAGUGUGCUGGUGAGAACAGCAGCAGCAAAUGAAACUGCAGGAUUUGAAAUAAACUGUCAAGACUUAAAUUUUGACUUUCUAACAACAUCAGCACAUAUAACAUGUGUGACAUUGUUGUUUGUGUAACAAUCUUUUUAAUAUGCUUCUACAUUUAUAUAUUGGAUAUUUUGUAUUAGUGCUUUUUUCAGUCAAGUACAUGCAUUAAUAUGCAACAUUGUGUACUUUUAUUAAACAUUGAACAGAACAAUUUGACUGAAAAGGUAAGAGUAAACAGUACAAUACAUAGUUUACAUACAAUAAGCAUUUUAUGUAUAUAUAUAUAUUCAUCAUACAAUUUUAGACUUAUUCAUGAUAGUGUUUUUAUAGGUGCUUGAAAUAUUGAAGUGUGACAUAUUUUUAUUUCUAAUUGUUAAUGGUCCCAUAGAUUAGCACCU